AUGAAAGACCAUAGCAAAAACGUUUUAGAUGAUAAUGACGAUUCUAAUAUUCAUCAUACAAACGGAAUAUCAACUAAUAAUAGUCAAAAGCGAUCUUUGGAAGAUUAUGGAUUUUCCAAGAAUGCUAAAAGACCCCGUCAUUCAUCCAUACCAAAUAAUGAUAAUAAUUCACAAGUGCCCUUAAAUGUUGAUAUUCAAAACAACGAUUUUCAAGAUAAACAAGAAGAACUAAAACAAAAAACAAAAAAACGCAGAAAAAAGCAAACUGGUGAUAAAACAAUUACACACCUGUCAACAAAUGGAACUAAAAUUGAUGGUGGUGGAAAUGAUGAUGAUUCAAAUCAGACUUGUGAUAGUCAUACUUCUCGCAAAUCAUCAGCACGUUUACAACCGAUAAAUUAUGUAAAUGAAAUUAGUUUGUUACCGUGGGAUCGUAUAUGUACAAAUAUUGAUCAGAUAAUAUCAGCUAAACAUCAAUCUGGUGUAUUUUCACAUGAAAUAUUAUUAGUUCAACAAGAAUUAGAAGCUUUGUUAGCAAUGUCAACACUACGUGAAAAACUUGCAGCAACGGUCAAUAACUCAACGACGAAUCAUUCAGUAAAUAAUCGAUUACAAUUAUUAGUACGACAUCAUCAAGACGCUGAACGUGUUUAUGGCGCUCGACAAUUUCGCGAUAUAGCAUCAAAAUUUCAACGACCACUAAAUAUUAAACAGCAACAACAAUUUUAUCGUCAGAUAUCAACAACUAUAGCAUCAAUUGAUCGAUUUUGGUUAGAAUUUCAAUCCAAAUAUAGUUCAAUUACUCAGACAGAUUUAAGUACAAUAAAAAAUAUUUAUUUAUUUGAUCAACUACUUGAAAAUGAAAUUAUUCAAUUGAAACAAGAAUAUUUAAUAACAAAAAAUAUGGAACAGUCAGAACAACAAAAACAGCAAUUAUCGUUAACAUCGAGAAAUUUGAUUAUGGAGAAGUUGAAAGAAUUUUUAAAGACAGUUGAUAGUCAUAUUUUACAAUCAUCGAUUGCUUCACUGCCGAUUGUUGAUGAACAACAACAACAACAACUAAAUUUGUCAAUAACCCCUGGACGAAAAUUGAAAAAAGAAAAUAACAACACAACAGAUGUUGAAAAUUUAGCAAUAUUUAAUUUAAAUCAGUUUUUAAGUAAUUGUGAUAAACAAAAAUACGAUGUUAUCACACGUUAUAUUGAUCAUACCCAACUGAAACGCUUUCAGCAAUGUUUUCAUUCGUUUAUUCCACGCGGUUCGCCUGCCUACAAGACACCGACAUCAAGUCCGACAAUGAAAUUAAAUAUUGCAACAAUAAAUAAACAAUCACCAACAUUGACAGAUAAUCGAAAAAGAAUCAGUGAUUCCGUGAGAUGUUCGCCACGUUUACAUUUUCAAGAUUCAGAUCCAAAUAAUAAUCCAACGAAUCUUGUUAACAUUUUGCCGACUUUUCAGCAGAAAGAUAAACAGGAAGAUGAAAUAAAGGGUGUUGACAUUAAACAUGAAUCAUUGGGUUUACUAUCAAAAUCGAUUAAUCCACUUAAACGAAAAGGUACCCGUCAUAAAAAUGCUCAAUUUUUCUCAUUAUCAUCAUCAUUAAUUAAAGCUGAACAACAACAAAAAAUACAAUUAGUGGCUGAUUAUUUAACGGAUCGAACAACUGCUCAUUUACCUGUUUCUCCAAUACUCAUUUUAAGUCCUGAAAAAGAAAAUACUAGACAAGAACAUAAUUCUUCAUCUACGUUAACAGUUAAACGUCAACUAUUUAAUGAACCAAUUGAUAAUAAGGACACAUUAAAUAAUGAACACCUACCAUUAGUGGUAGUACCAUCCAAAAUAUUUAAGAAAUCGAAACGUCAUAAAAAACAGCCAUAUGGUAAAAUAAAGACAAUAAUUAAAAAAAAAUCUGUCAAAAAUGAACGUAUUGAUUCAUUUGAAUGUAAAUUUUCUCUACUUGAAAAUUUGUUAAGUGAAUGUAAAACUCUAAGUUUAUUGGCAACGAAGCGUUCAAACAUUCAAGAAAAUAUUGAAAAAGUUUCAUAUAUAAUUCAACAAGUAGAUGAACAAAUUGAAAAUGUUUUAAUUAAAAUUGGUGGUGAUGAUGGAAAACGAAUGGGUAAGAAAAAAACGUAUUCAAUGGCAAAAAAUAAUUUGAUAAAAUUAUUAAAUGAGCGAAAAAUUUAUGAACAAAUGUUAUGCGAUGAACAAGAUAAACUUCAACAAUUAAAAAAAAUCAAAUGA